AUGGUCCAUAUCCCCAGGUCGUACGCGGAACUCAAGCAGAAGGUUCCAAACAUUGGAAUUAUCUUUGCUGCAAUAGCUUCGUGGUUCUCUUUUAGUUUACUUAUCUCGCUAUACAACAAAUGGAUGUUUUCAGACCCUACAUUGAACUUUAAAUUCCCGGUGAUAAUUACAGCCUGUCACCAAUUCGUGUUAUUUUGGCUCAGUUGUUUGACCCUCACUUUUUGGCCCAGGUUCAGACUGAACUAUGUCGAUUCUUCCAAGGGCAUGGCCUCCUCGGAGAACCUCAGCUACUUCAUCAACCCUAAAGUGUAUAUCACCAAGAUCCUGCCGUGUGCGUUGGCUUCCGCGGGCGAUAUUGGCUUGGGAAACUCAUCUUUGAAGUAUAUCACCAUUUCGCUAUACACCAUGCUUAAGUCCUCGGCAGUGCUCAUCUUCACACUCUUCUGGGGUUUCCUUCUCAGACUGGAGAAAGUCACCUUGAAGCUCUGUCUGAUUACCUUCAUUAUGACGGGUUCGGUCAUGAUGAUGGUGUAUGGACAGGGAGAGCCUUCGGCAGAAACGAGCUCCUCCGCUGUGGAGGAGGAGGCCGGGGAAAUGAAGCUCAGACUCGUCAAACACCUCGUGAAAAGAACAGCUUCUCUGUAUCUCGGUGUCAGAGACGACGAGAAGCAGACCGGCGUCUCAGAUAGUGCCAUUGUUCCCUCGUCCUCCCUCUCUGGGGCUACAGCCAAGGCCUCUGCUGCCCUGGACACCCUCACGGCGUCCUCGAUCAUCAUUGGCUGCUUUUUGGUUCUGCUUGCUUCUUGCAUGUCUGGUCUCAGAUGGGCUUUGACUCAGAUCGUCCUGCGUGGCAACAGAUACACUAAAAACCCAAUUCUGACCAUCUUCUACCUGAGUCCAGCCAUGUGCGUCUCGCUCAUUAUUAUGGGUUCGCAGGUCGAAGGCAUAGGCAACUUCCUUGGAUCUCAGGUCUGGGAGACGUAUGGCGUUCUGGGAACUUGUUUGCUGCUCUUGUUCCCCGGUUUCCUGGCUUUCUGCAUGACUCUGUCUCAAUUCAUCAUUCUCCAGUACGCUCCGUUGCUCACGCUCUCAAUUGCCGGUAUUGUUAGGGAGCUCAUCACCAUAUUCCUGGGAUGGCUGAUUUUUGGCGACCAUCUGAACGCGAUCAAUAUGCUGGGCAUAGUGAUCACCUUGGGAGACAUUGCGUGGUACAAUCUCUACAGACUGGAGCAAUCUUCAGCCAAGCCUGCUCCCACUGCGUCUUCCGAGGACACGGAAAUGCUUGUCACCGAGGAGCACGAGCUUGAGUCUAUUGACAGACGCAAGUGA